UUCUUACGGAGAAAUUAUUCUUACGACACCGUUUGAAAUUUUGUGAAAAGAGGAAUGACAAGAAUUUCAUGUAAAUAAAUGGCAAAAUACUCACUUUUGAAAUGAAAAAUGCCACACUGGCGGCCCGGUUGUCUUCGUGGAUCAGUUUAUGAGAAAGAUCCUAUAGAGUAUCGUCCAGCUACUAAUGGAUAUCCAGGGCCAGCGCAUGAAGACAACUUUCGAGAUGAAACAAGGGGAACGACUCUGGUUGAUUUGCGUAAGAUUGAAGGGUCUGGAUUAGGUCUCAUUCUUGCAGGAGGCGUAGACAAACAUGUUCGUCCACAUAUAUCCAACUUGAGGCCUGGUGGUGUAGCUCACAGAUCUGACCUGUUACAAGUGGGUGAUAUCCUGUUGUCAGUGAAUGGAAUUAAAACAGGAUAUAUGAAACAUGAUGAGAUUGUCAAUCUUCUAAAGAAUGCUGAUGAAAGUGUGAGGCUGGAAGUCGAGUAUGAACUACCAGAGUUAGUCCCAGCAGAUGCAUUUUCUGUAUGUUGUAAGCAGCAUUCAAUAGCUGUACAUCCAGACAAUGCUAGUUUUGGUUUUACUCUGAGAGGCGGUAUGUGCCAGAACAGACUCAAGUCUCGUCCAUUGACUAUUACACAAGUCCGACCUGGUGGUCCAGCUGAUAGGGAAGGUUCCUUGAAGGUCGGAGAUCGUAUACUGGCAGUGAAUGAUUUUAGUAUAGUGACCUUGACCCUUACAGAAAUGAAUAUGCUGUUGACUCAGUGCAAUGAAGAGACAUUAUUUACUAUAGAAUAUGAUGUCUCUGUGAUUGAUGCUGUACAGAAGGCUAGUGGACCGUUAUUAAUUGAGAUAGACAAGACUCCUGGUGCAGCACUGGGUAUAACACUGUCUCAUGGUCGACAUAAAGGCAAACAUUGUGUCUGUAUAGACAGUAUACGACCUAUGAGCAUGGCUGACAGAUGUGGAGCGCUACACGUUGGUGAUCUAAUCUUGUCAAUAGAUGGCGCUUCUGUUGAGCACAUGACUGUUGCCGAGGCGAUGCAGUUGUUAAAAUCGUCUCAUGGCGACCAAAUUAAAAUGGAGAUUCUACCAUCGAGAUUAGUGGAUCAGAAAAUGUCGACGGACACGAUUUUCUUAAAUGCAGGCUUCCAGAAGAACAGCAUAUUACCUUCUAUAUCCUCUCCCGUCCUUAACAACCCCUCCCUCUUCAACGGUAUUGGGUCGUGUAAGAGUUACAGUUCCAUCGGAUUCUCCGGACGCUUGUCUACAGAUAUGCUCAAUAAAAGGAGAAAAUCGUGGAUGAAGUCGGAAAAGAGAGUCGGAUCUUGUGCCUCAAUCGGAUCAGCUUCUACCUCAGUAUUUACUGCCAGUAACCAGGUGUGCCGUAUGGAUAUUCAUGAGGUAGUCCUGUAUGGUGAGAGGGCGGGGCUAGGGCUGGUCCUAGAAUCUACAGUCCCGCCUACUUGUAUACUGCAAGAUGCUCCAGUAGUAACAAGAUUAGAGCCACACACUGCAGCAGAAAGAUGUGGUGUUAUACAUGAAGGUGACAGGUUACUCACUAUCAAUGGUGUGGAUGUCUGUGAGAAGACCAUGGACGAGGUCAAUCAAAUGCUUCAAGAAUCUUGGCAACAUGCCAGACUUGAGAUAGAGUUUGAUAUUGCAGACACUGUAAUGGCAAGUAGUGGAACAUUCGUUGUCAAGUUGCCACGGAAACCAGGUGGAAUUGGGAUAACAUUGAGUAUGAAAACCAAGCUAGGAAAUCCAUUACUUAUUACUGAAGUUAAGAAAGGAAGUGUCGCUUACAGGUGUGGGUCUGUCCAAGCAGGUGAUAAAUUACUGUCUAUAAAUGACAUACGGACAAAUAAUCUAAGUAUAGAAGAAGCUGUGUCAUUGUUGAAAGGUGAUGAUGAGAUCAUAAAACUCAAGUUGAAAAGGGAAGACCUCUGCAUAGAUGUGAAUGGAGAAGAGUUGAUAUCGUAUACAGUUGAGUUGGAGAGACAUGGUGGUCCUCUAGGGGUCACAAUAUCAGGAACUGAUGACCCCACUGACCCAAUUGUCAUAUCUGCCCUGGUUGAAGGUGGUCUAGCUGCCAAAACUGGAGCUUUACAGACUGGUGACCGUCUGCUUGCCAUCAACAGUAUUCCCACGACUGGUAAAACUCUGGAGGAAGCUAAAGAUAUGCUACAUUCUGCGGGGGAUCUAGUCACACUGAAAAUUGCUCGCCAUGAUAAGCAAAAGAGCCAGGGAAACCAAAGUAAUAAUAGCAGCAAAACUGAUGCAUUAAGGGAAGAUUCUUGUAAAUCCACGACACCAGUUUUCAGUGUAGACAGUGCACUAGAUUCGUGGGACAGUUCUGGUCAAGAUAUCAAUGCUUUAUCCCAUCACGGACAAUGUAAUGCUGUACUUAAACCCCGCCAAAAUAGCACAUCUGUGCCAAAAUCACGUGAAAACCGACAUAGACGGUCACGGCCCUACUCGUCAGAUUCAACCGACACCGGAGAUGAUUUUGGAAAGAAGAUGUCUGAACUACAGAUAUCUGAUGAAGCAUGGGAAGGCGACCAUGAAAGCAGUCGGAGUGAGGAUUCUAGUCCAGGUGCGGAUGAUUGGUCAAGGGCCUUUAGAAACUUUAAGGCGCAAGCUGAAAUUAUUGAACAAAUCCCUUCUCCAGAUAAACAGCAUAGUACGGGUAGUUUAGAUAGACGAUCAUCACGCAAUAAUGGAGCAAAAAAAGAGAGGCAGAAAGUACGUAGGAAUUGGUCACACAGUACGAGUCGUGGUGCUAUUAGUCAAAACGACCUUCGACCUUAUGUUGUUGAUAGACGGCAAAGACGGUGUGCAAGUAGUGCUAGUGCACGUGAUCUGGACAAUAUGCCGUUAAAAGAUCAAUUAAAAACAGUCUAUUCACCUCAGCCAAUUCAGUUACAUAGAGUAACAUUGGUGAAAGAUUCGCCGACAGAUGACUUUGGUUUUGGAGUAUCUGACGGCGUGUAUGAUAAAGGAGUCUAUAUAAGUGCAAUUCGCCCAGGAUCUGUUGCAGAGGUCAUGGGACUUAAACAGUUUGAUAGAAUAUUACAGAUAAACAAAAUAAGGACAAGAGAUUUUGACUGUAGUUUAGCAAUUCCUUUAAUUGCUGAUGCAGGGGAAAGUCUUGAUAUUGUAGUGUGUAGAAAUCCAUUGACUCAGAAUAAAACUGCCCUCAAAGAACCUCAGAGACGCAAACCACCCCCACCAGAGCCUCUUGAUGGGGCGGAGUCAUGUGAACAAGAUAUCCAAUCAGCUGAUAGUAUUCCAGUGUAUAUGAAUGUAUAUAAUUUAGACACGCCUAUAGCAAGGAGUGUAAAAUCAAGUAAAACUGUAUGAUGAAUAUAUGUAAUGAAGUAAAAUGAGAUUUAUUUCAAGAUCUGAAAUUUUUAUGGGAAAGCAAACAAAAAAGACACAAGAAAGAAAAAAUGGUUGAUAAAUAUUAUUAAAGUACUAUUACUACUAAUAUACCUUUAUAGUUUAUAAACUUACAUCUCAACUUGGAUUUUAUGUAAUGUGUAGAUUUUUAUUUACAUGUAUUGUGUUGUUUAUAGUGUUAGUGAAAAGAGAUUAUGUAAAGUUGUGAAUUAGGAUGUUAGUGUUAGAUCAUAAAUUAUGUCUGAAAUUUCAAGUGUCAAGUCUAUUAGAUCAUGUUAUGUUGCUUAUCAAUCAUGUCUAUUACACCAUAUGGUCAUUAAUCAUGUUCUUAUGCCAUACAUCAUUUCUAUUGAAUUAUAUUCAUGUAUAUUAGAUCAGGUUCCAUGUGUAUUAGAAUAUACAAAACAUCAUGUCUAUUGGAUCAUACAUUAUGUUAACAACAUGUCUGUUGUAUCAUUCACCGUGUCUUAGGUCUACAUCAUGUCUAUUGCAUCAUACACCAUAUGUACAUCAUGUCUAUUAGGUCAUACAUUAUGUCUACAUCAUGUCUACUGGAUCAUACACUUCUGCAUCCUGUCUAUUGCAUCAUAUACUGUGUACAUCAUGUUUAUUGGAUCAUACACAGUAUCUAUAUCAUGUAUAUUGCAUUAUACACAAUACACACAUCAUGUCUAUUGAAUCAUACAUCAUAUCUAACUUCAUAAAAAUUAAAGUGGCCCACAGCAUUUUUUUCUGAAAUUUUGUGUCUGUUUUAGAAAGCAUGUAAAUUUAUAUAGUUUGUGAACAUGCAAUGAGACAAAUGUAUUUUUUUCUUUGUGAGUUUUCUGUAGAUAUGCCAUUGUUAUGCAAGAAAAUAGUUCACAGCCUUUAGGCAUCCAAAAAUCAAUUUCACAAUUCAUUGCAUGCCCUUUUUUUUGGUUAUAUAUCUACAAGUAAGUAAAAAAGUGUUAGUGUUAAAGGGAAAUGUAUGAAAUAAUUAUAUACUUUACAAUAUUGAUGAUAUUUAUAGUUAUGAUAUUACACAAAUUAUGUACAUUAUAUUUUAUUGUACUAGUGCUAUUUAUAACUUUUUUCAUUCUUGUAAUGGAUUUGUUUAUUUAUAGAUACAGUGCAUUUUGUUUGCAAAUAAAAAGUUUAUAUGCAUAGCCAAUAGAUGUUAUGCAGAACUUGGCUAAUGUUCCCAGCUUAUCCGCAGGUAGAAACAAAUUAUUAAAUACUACAUUAGAUGAAUUAUUUUCAUGAACUACAAUCCAGCAGUUUAGAUUUUUACGAAACACACCUUUAUAAAUGAAUUUUUGUUUUAAAGUAACAAAAACUGUUAAGGGUUUUGAGAUAAAUUUUAUUUUGAUUUGUGUUCUUACUAUUACAGUACCUUUUAACUUCUGUGAAUUCACUUAAUUUCAUGGGCAUAAAAUUUCAUGGUUUUGUCACACAGAACAUUUUCGUGGGUUGUUAAAUUCUUUUCCCAUAAGGUAAAAAGGAAAAAAAAAUGUGAUGCAAAAUAAUCUUACAGCAGACAGAAUGAAAUUUCAUUGGAUCUUAAAUUCGUAGAUUGACCUAUCGAUGAAAACCAUGCAAAUUAGUUUACAACAAAAAAUAAUAAUGAUUUUGUGAUAUAAAAUAGGUCAACCUACAUACAUGUAAAUAUAUACCUAUAUAGAGAAUGAUCUGUCACACACUGAAAUGUAACAAAACAGAAAUGUUUAUCCAAGGUCAUUUACCAGGAGAACAAUAUAUUCUGUAAACCAUUGAAUAUUAGCAAAUAUAGGGACUUUGCUUUAGCCACCAGUAUACUGCCAGAUCAAAAAAAGCAUACCAUGCAGUCUGACCAGUCUGUAUACUGUUGGUAGUUCAAUUUUGAUAUUGAAAUCUCGUAUUACACAAAUUGAACAGGUUAAAGGUUUAGAACUAUUUAUAAUGCUUAAAGGUGCUGGAAUGAGUUAUGUUAUAGCAGAUAUGGUGCUAUAUAAUAUAUGCCAUAUACAUGUUUCAUUGUUCUGUUGAAAUUAUGUUUAAAAAAUGGUGUUUUUUUUUUUCAUUUAAAGAAAGCAAGUUUUGUUUUGUUACCUAUUUAUAUUGGUUGUUUCAAUGUUGAAAUUAUUAUGAAAGUUAAAGACUCUUUGUGCUGUAGACAAUACAUUACUCCUAUCAUUUCAACUGGUUAACCCCCUCUUUUCCGAGAAGUGGUCUGUUAACAAGUAUCAUUAUUUUAAUGCUUAAUACUUUGAUUUGUAAUAAAUAUUACCCGGAACUCGGCAAAUGUGGGUUUUUCUAUGUUUAUUCCCUGGUACAAACAAACUUUUACAGUUACAGCUUGAAAUGUUGGUCGAAAUUAGGGGACCUUUUCAGUUUUUAUUGUUUGUUAAUUGCAGGGAGAAGUUUAGCCCGGUCUUUUCUGUUCAUUGCUAUUUGUGGUCAGCUGUUCACAAACAGUAUCACAAACAAAACCAUGUGUUCUUCUGUGUAAACCAGGUCGAUCAAUGACAUUGUAUUAUCCCAGUGUAGCAUUUGGCUAGCCAAUUAGCCAAUUUGUAUAAAAUGUGUUUUACUGGAAAGGUCCAUUACUUUAAUAGUGUAUACAAAUUGCAAAUGUUUGUUUCAACAGUGUUUCAUUUAAAUACAGAAUUUUUGUAAGCAUUUUAAAUUGUUCUAUUUUGCUAAGGCUGAAAGAAUUUUUGUAAGCAUUUUUGAAAUGUUUUAUUUUGCUACGACUGAAAUAUUGAGGUGAUAGACCAACCCUUUUUAUGCUUUAACGUAGAUGUAUGAUUAAACAAGUACACUUAUUGUGAAAAGGAAAACACGUUUCUUCCCAUAUUGGGAACAUUUUAUGCUUGCCUUUUUACUUUGAUAAAAAUACUCGUUUUUUUAGAGACAGCAUUUGUUAGUGCAUGUAUGUAAUAUAUGUGUAGUUAAUGUUUUUUUCUUGUCCCAGUUGUAAAUAUUAUCUCUAACACUGAUUUCUUCAUGUUGAAUAAUGUAAAUUGUUCUUCUUCUACCUUGAAAUCCCGGUUUUUAUAUCUACAUUCCUGAUCAAAGAAUAUAUUGCUACAGUGUAGAAUGUGUGGAAGAAAUACACUAAUAAUUUUGGUGCACAACAUUUCGUCGAAAGGCAUCUUGUCAAAUACGACAGCAAUAAUUUUUCCCCUCAACUUUUUCUGCUAAGAAUAAAAUUCUGAACCUUUGAAUUCAUUUGAUGUUUUGGCAUAAUUUUUGAUGCUUAGGUGUGAUUGCUAUAAAAGAUAACAAAUGUUCUCAUAAUUACAGUCAUUAAAGUUAUACAGCUUUAUACCAUUGUUAGGUAAAUUUGACUACGGAUUAAAUACAAUGUACAUGUUAUUUGUAUAGUUUGUUAGAUGUUAUUUCAAAGGUCAGCUCUGUUUAUUACUUAUCAAUACCAAGGUCUGCUAAUGAAGUCAAAAUAUUGUUCUCCGUGGAAGUAAAACAAGUUGUUCAUUUUUGUUAGAAAAAAAAAAUGAUUGAAGUAAUUUGAUACAAAUAAACUGGAAAUAUAGAUUCAGUUUUUAAUGGGAAAGAUUGUUUUCCAGGUUACUUGUGGGCUAUAUGGAUAACGCCAUGUCUGUUCUUGAAUGCUUACUCACAAUUGGUUUUCCAACGGUUAAAAUUAGAAACUACAUCGCUUUCGAAAUUGUGAAAGCUUGCUGAUGAUUGGUUGUUUGAAAGAUCAUGAGAAAAUUACAACCUAUUGGUGGUAGUAUGGUCCUUAUGUGUAGCAUUAUUUAUAGCUGAUUUUAAUCAGAUUGAAAUUUCCAUAACCAUUAAUUAAUAGGCCAUUUUCAUAAAGACAUCAAAUUUUGAAUUUAUAUAAGGUGUUAAAUUUUUCUUUGACCAUUCUUUAUUUCCUUUUCUGAACAAAGCAUCAUUUUCCAACUUUUUAUAACCCUGAAAUUAAGGCAGCAACAUUUGCAUCCGCCACAGGGUUAUGUUUUGUAAAGUGUGCACUUUCUACUUGACAGCAGUAAUUCAAAGUUUUCCCAACCAUUUCUAUUCAUGCUGGCAUGUCACUUUUUACUAUGCAUUUCUUAAUAUAUUAGGUAUAAUUCUAUAUAUACAAAGUAGUUUUAACUUAAUCAUUCUCUUUACUUGAUCUGUCUAUCUAUACAUGUUUGAGUAUUUAUAUUUUGAAAUAUCUUCUUCUAGAUCUGAAAUAUUUUUACUUAUAAUCAUUCUGGUAUAUUUUGUAACCAGUAUUGUAACUCUGCAUGUGUUAGGAAUUAUUCUUCACAGUGAGUCAUGUAUUUUAUUAUAAAAAUUUACAAAUAUAUCUGUAUUUAUAUGUCUUUUCAUCAUCACUUAAAGUAAGAUUUCAAUUUGGCUUUAAAGUUAAAUAUAAGAUUGAUUUUUUUAUAGUUUUUUAUUAGUUUUAUACAUACUUGUUGUAGGGUAGCCUCUUUUAGGUGAUAAAAAAAUUGUAUUUAAAAUUGUAAUUACAUCCAUUGUGAUGUUAUAAAACACACAUAGUGGGCACACCUUUCUAUUGUUAAACACUCCUCUUUAAUUAAAUAGGCACCGCCUUCUUUAUGUUUAAGCAGAUAAGAAUGAUUCUAGGUAUAAAAUAUUGUGGGCAUUACAUAACUAAAUCUUUACUAAUAAUUGAAUUGAUUAAUUAUUGCAUGUAAUAGUCAACUUUAGUUUAUCUUUGAUCCAAUCAAUUUCUUAUUGAAUAUAUUAACUAUAUAGUUAUACAAAUCAUUGUGAAUGUUAAUGUAUAAUUUCAUAAAUGACCGCAUGAACAAGGUCACUGACUUGAUGAAAACUGUGGCUAUUUCAAAUGUUUAGGUUGUUAAUAAGAGAUGUUUAUGUUUCAAAUUAUGAUUGUGAACUAUCACCCACUCUGUUUGCUGAUUUAUAGCAUCAUUAUUUCCACUAUUUCUCUGAGAAUACAUUUUUUGGUUGUUAAAAUCAUAAAUUUAUCAUGAAUUUAGCAUUUUUGUUGAUGAGAACAUUUCUUGUCUUUUAUUAAGGAUGAUUUAAGUUAAAGACAACAGCUGAAUGUAACUGUUUUGAACUCUGUACACUGAUGAACUUACGAAUGUAACUGUUAUGAAUUACGUACCCUGAUGUACUUAUUUGCAUACCAAGCAAAACUUUGUAUUCUUUCUAUGUUAUUUUUUGCCAUAUAUUAUGUUGUUUUAUGAUAAAUCACAUGCAUUAAAAUGUUAUGUUUAA